AUGUCUGACAAGUUGAAGCUGCUUCAAGCUUUCAGAUUCAAAGAUAAGGAUGCCGAGAAAGUAGUCGCGAAUUCAGAGAAAAUACAGAAAAGAGUCAAACCAACUCUGAAUACAUACCCUGAACAGUACAAAGAUGUCCGUCCCUCUCUAGUAGAGAAUUUGACUCUUCUAUUUAUAGGAUUUAAUCCCGGAAUGGAAUCCUCACUUCAACAACAUCAUUAUGCCCAUUUCUCGAACUUGUUCUGGAAACUCUUCAACCAGUCGGGACUACUAUUGCAAUGCUUGGGAGUACUAGACCCACAGUACUUACUGCAUAACUACGAUAAUGAUGAAUUACUACAGGUCCUCGUUAAAGAUGGGACGACGUACGCCAAACCAGAACACGACUACGAGCUUAUAAAGUACAAGAUCGGGUUUACAGAUUUGAUAUUGAGAUGUACACGAACGGCACAGGAACUUCCAAUGGCCGAGAAGCUUGCCAACGUCCCCAGAUUGAUAGACGAGUUCAAUAUGUCUAGCAGCAAACACAUUGUGUUUAUUGGCAAAGGAAUAUGGGAGGUUAUAGUGAAAUAUGUGGAAGUAGAACUAGGAAUCAAGAAGGUAAAGCUUUCGAAAGAGACUUUUAUGUGGGGACUCCAAGACUCUCAGAACUCCAGGUUAUAUGCUCUAGUGCUAAAGAAGUUCCAGCUGAAGAUAUCCGCUGAUUCUAAGGUCUUUGUUUUUCCAAACACGUCUGGGUUGGUAGGUUCGUUGAAGUACGAGGAGAAAUUGAAGUUGUGGCAGGAUUUGGCAGAUGUCAUCUCAAAAACUUGA